AUGGGUUGGUCCAACCAGACAAGCAGGAGCUGUGUGUUGCUGCUGCCCGUUCUCUGCAUCUCACUCCUGGACUCCCUCAGCCCAGAACCCCCCCGCCCACCCACGGCUCAUCCAAUUUUCGACGGGGAGCCCUUCAUAGUUUCCUGGAACAUCCCCAACCUCACCUGCAACAGGUACAACAUCACCCUGAACACCUCACCCUUCCUGGGGGUGAGCAAUCCCGCCAAGGUGCCUGGCCAGUUCCUCUCUCUGUUCUACAUUGACCGCCUAGGGCUGUACCCGUAUGUGGACGAGGCCACCAAGCGGCAGUUCAAUGGAGGCGUCCCGCAGAGGGGAAAUCUGAGAGCCAGCCUAGUCAAAGCCGUGGAUGACAUUGAGUACUACAUCCCCUCACGGACCUCCCCGGGCUUGGCUGUGAUAGACUGGGAAGACUGGCGCCCUCUGUGGGAGAGGAACUGGGGCUCCAAGCGCAUCUACCGCUCCCUCUCGGUCACCUAUGCCCGAAAGAGGGACCCCUCUCUCCCCACCAGGAAGGCUAUGGCCCAGGCCAAGCAGCGUUUCCAGUCCGCAGCCAAGAGCUACAUGCUGGAGACUCUCUCUCUGGGCGCCAGGCUGCGACCCGGGUACCUGUGGGGCUUCUACCUAUUUCCCAACUGCUACAACUACGGCUGGAUGGAGCCAGGCUACACAGGCGAGUGCCCCAGGGAGGUGCGCAGGCAGAACAACCGGCUGCUGUGGCUCUGGGAGGCCAGCACGGCCCUGUACCCCUCAGUCUACUUGCAGGCUUCGCUGGCCGACAGUCCCAAGGCGGCGCUCAUGGUGCGGAACCGUGUCCACGAGGCCCUGCGGGUGGCUGCCCUGCCCCAGCGGAGGAGCUACACCGCACCGGUCUACGUGUACACUCGACCUGUGUUUGUGGACCAGCCCAAGCGACUGCUUAGCCUGGGGGACCUGGUCCACACCAUCGGGGAGGGCGCUGCCAUAGGGGCCUCGGGAGCCGUGCUGUGGGGGUCCAGCGGCGACUACGAUGACAAGGCCUCGUGUGAAGCCUUAUCUGCAUAUCUCGAUGACACCAUCAACCCGUAUGUUGUGAACGUCACAGCAGCUGCCAGAGUGUGCGGUGACUUCCUGUGCAAGGGGAAGGGCCGCUGUGUGAGGAGGAACUACACCUCCCAUGAGUACCUGCACCUGAGUCCUGGCAGCUUCAGUAUCCACAGGUCAGAGCUGGGAGAGUUCACAGUCGUGGGGGCACCAAGCCUCGAGGACCUGAUGGCAUUCGCCAGAGGAUUCACUUGCCAGUGCUAUGCUGGGCAGAACUGUGAUGCUCAUAUCCCAACCCCAGUUCCCACCAAGACUACCACCACCACCACCACCACCACCACCACCACCCCAAGCCCGUCCUUAAGCCACAUCACCACCCCAAUUAGCCCCAGUUCGACCUCCCCUGAACCCCUCAGCCAAAUCCCCACCGCCAUUCCCAUGUGGACAACAGGAAGUCUUCCGACCCAGCCACCAACUGAAGUGUUGUCAUCUUUCAGCACCACGCCUGAUUAUAUUUGAUGUCUUUCAUAGGCUGUGAUGAACUGCUAAGAAUUUGUUUUUCAGAGAGAUGACCUGAGGCGUGUUGAAGUCGUUAUUUAUUGAAAUUUUGCAUUACAAAACUGUCCCCUGGUGAAGGAUGCUUGAACUUCCAAAAUAAAAUGGCUACAUAGUUU